AUGGGUAAAUCGAAAAGAAGAUCUAAAGCAUCUCGCUUUCAAUCUGCUCCUCUAGGCAAACGAGACAAAUCUAGUCUUAACGAUGAGGCGAUGAGCGUCAAGAAAAUCCAACCACUUCUCAAGCAGCUCCAAAGUGCGGUACCAAAUGAUAGAAGCAUGGCACUGGGCAGCGUUGUGGUUCUUUGUGAAGACCCUUACAUGCGCAAACUCUUUCUGAGAGAAAAAUUGGUCCAUUUGGUAAUGACCAAGCUGCUUACUGACGAUAAUAUGGAUAUUGUGGUGGAAGCACACGGACUUUUGAGGAAUCUGGCUCUAGAGGAGGGCUACGAUGUGUGUGCUUUCUUGUGGAGAUCCGAUAUCUGGAAAAGUCUGACCUCUGGGUUCGCUAAAGUACAGAAGUCCAUGGAGUGGCUGGCAUCGAAUACGCCAUCCAAGAAGGAGCCCACUCGUCAACUUUUCGAUUUUGGAGACAACUUGCUCUCUCUGCUUGUUGCUCUGGCCAAUGGGUGUGAUUUCAUCCUAAAGGACGUGCUGGAAACGGGCAAAUUGCAGGAAAUUUUUGCCGUCUUGCGCAUUAUCUUGGAGUAUGGCCUAAUCGAAAAAGAGGGCAAAGUCAGUUUAAGAAUAUCGACAUCUUUGUUCAAUUCUUCUCUGGAUCUUUUGUACGACCUGAGCUCCGAAUCGCUGGACUUCAUAGACGCAGUUACUGCCGAUUCGUUCCUAUCAGAAUUUGUGAAAGCGCUUCCAAAUAUGCAGUUGACAUCUGCCAAUGAACUGACAGUUGUGUUGAUACAGGGUAUCUUUUUACAAUUUUUGGACCUCGACGUAACUGCAGAGCAGGCCAAUGCCAUAAUAGUCAAAGCAUGCUCCACAAUCGAGCAUAUCAACUUGGAUCAGAUGAAAAAAUUCUUGUCCAACGCAGAUAUCGAUAAUGAGCUGAAAGAUUCCUCUAAUGAUCAAGUUUCUGGGAAAAUCAAAGAAUUCACCAAGCAGCGAACCUUAGCCACCAUGCACUUGCAGAGUAUCGAGGUUACGCUUGAUAUUAUUACAGCAUCUUUAGAGUUGAUUGCUGCAAAGGCCGAGGCACAGGACGAGCUAAUCAACGAGGAGCUCAUACGAACCUUGACCGUCUCACUCCCAGUGGUUUUUCAAUCGUUAACGAACGAUUUUAAGGCACGCGUCCUGAUCGCUUGGAACAACAUGCUGUGGCUAUACUUGACACUACAAAUCAACUUUCUAGAGCUUCCUAAUGACCUGUGGCUACACCUGUGGAAGUCAUUGUCUGUAGCAGGACUCGAGCAAGAUAACGACUUCAGUCUAAGGCUAGGCAGGCUGGGAGUGAUGUGGGCGUUCUUGAAAACCGUUCAACUACAGGAAUCACAAGAAUCUUAUUUGACACAAUUAAAAUGUGACGAUGUCAAUUUCGUGAACUCAAUUAUAACGCAGUACAGUGCAAUCGAUGGCCUUGAGAUGAACGAAACACAGGAGUUAAGGCAAAGAUGCUGUGGAAUUCUCGGGUGCCUUGCCAUGCUUCCAAACCACAUCGAACUCAACCGCCAAACUGGACAAUUCUUGAUAGAACAAUUAGCCAGCGAUAAAACGACCGCCUCUACUCUAGUCGAUAUUUGCGAUGUGGUUAUCGAAAUUUAUGCAGAUGCCAACUUCGAUUAUGAUGAAGAAGUUUUUGUAAAAGGUGGAUUUGCCCAAGUUCUGCAAAACAACGUACAGCCGAACCUCAAGCAGGUCUUCAAGUUUGUGGACAAGAACAAGGAUUUCGAACUGAAAGAGAAAUGUCAACAGACCCUCAACACCCUGGACCGUUUUAUCGACUACAAGAAAACAGAGCGUGGGUAA